UUACUGGCUCAUAGGACGAAAUAAUUUAGCUCCUCAUACAAUUUUAUUUAAAAUAAUAACAAUGCGAGACGAUAGUUGUUAUCAUAACAGGUUAAAUAGUUGUCAAUUGAGAUAAAUUGUUGGUAAUGAGCCCUUUUUCACGUUAAGGGGAGAGAAGCCCCGGUUUGUGCGUCGUAAACAUCAUGCACGUCAACCAUUAUUGCCUCUAACAUCUGAACAAUGAGGUACUGUAACGUUUACCUUCUGUUAGGUCUUUUCUUUCUAUUCACUACCACAACAUACGCAAGAAGAGGACGUGGCCGGGCAAGGACAAAAUCAAAGUUUCAAAUUGGAUUACCAAUUACGGGAAAAUACCGAGAUCCGGAGUCCGACCAGUAUUAUAAUAACAAUAACGGUGCAAAAAUAACACUGGCAUCACAUUUCGAUUAUGAAUACGUCCUGGGACAUAAAAUCGCGUUUUUGUGUGUUGCCAGAGGAAACCCCCGACCACACAUUACCUGGUUCAAAGAUGGCACUGAAAUAUUCUCGCAUCAAUAUUUAAAUAUCCACGAAUGGCGUAAAGGAUCAGAUCAAAUAAAAAGUAAAUUGGAAAUCGACCCAGCAACUCAAAUGGACGCGGGAGUAUACGAGUGUACAGCUGAUAACAUGUAUUCAAUUGAUAGGCGUUCUUUCAAAACAGAUUUCAGCAUUGCAUUCGAUUAAUUAAUUUGAAUGAAAAACACAAGAAUCAUAUCGCAUCCUUGUACCAAUGCAAAAUAUAAUAAACGCUAUUGCAUCAAAUUUUUUUAUGACAAAAACUAAAAUUAAACGAAAUAUACUCAUCAUGAAAAGAUUUUUUACCCC